ACUGAUAGACAGCACUGAUAGGUGGCACUGACAUCACUGCUGGGCACUGACUGGCGACACUGACUGGCACAACCGCUGGGCACUGACUGGCAGCACUGCUGGGCUGCACUGAUGGGUGGCACUGGUGGGCACAGGUGGGUGGAACUGGUGGGCACAGGUGGGUGGCACUGGUGGGCACAGGUGGGUGGCACUGCUGGGCACAGGUGGGUGGGCACAGGUGGGUGGCACUGCUGGGCACAGGUGGGUGCAUUGCUGGGCACAGGUGGGCGGAACUUGUGUGUGGCACUGCUGGGCACCGAUCAUCAGGGCACUGAUGAUCAGUGAUCCUGAUGAUCGGUGCCGAUCCCCGCUCUGACAACUGCCGGUUUUCGGCAGCACUUUCCUCCCGCUCUGACAGCGUGAGGAAAGUGCAGCCGAGAACUGGCAUUUGCAU